AUGCGUACCUUGUACAGGAGAAACGACGAGAAACAACGACUCGUGUCGCAACGCAGAGUCUCGGAGGAUUCUGUCGAAAAAUCAUCACAGCAAUCGCAUGCGAUCUGGGAGCAUCUGCUGUUCUGUCUCCUGCUGAUUCCUGUCGUCUUGAGCAUUCUCCUCGUGCUCAGCGAUGUCCGCAAUUGGCAUAUGCCUCCGGGCCUCUAUGGCCUGGUCGACGAGUACCGGACAUCCAUCCAGACGGCCGUUCAAAUCGUUUCGACAAUCCUCAGUACGAUUCAAAUAUUUGCUCUCUGUCGGCUUAUCAACUGGGCUACCCGCAUUCUGUUCGGUAAAUCGCCUACUUCGCUGAACGUGCUCGGCCUCUGGUCCGCCAUGUCUACGCCCUCGAUCAACUGGACCCUUCCCCUGUGGAUGAUCGCCCUCUCGAUCGUCAUGGUCAAUCUUUCCGCGGUGAUAUCGGCCCUCUGGACUGGUGCUCUCACCCCGGCCAACUCCGUCGCAUUUAAUAGCACCACUCUCAUGGUCCCCGACUGGUCAAACACCACCCUAAUCAAAGAAUACCCGUCCGAGAUUGAUCAGACUGGCCCAACCAUCCGCAACACCAAGGGCUACUUCACCUACUCCGUCGGCAUGGGCCUCUUGACCCCCCUCGUCACCUCCGCCAGCACCGCCACCACCGUCGACGGCAGCAUCCGCAACCACAACAAGCUCGACAACUCGGGCUACACCUACCACGGCCGGUCAUACGGCGUCGGCGCCCCCGUCGGCCUCGUCGACGAUACCCUGCGCCGCGAGAACCCCCGCGCAACAAACUACACCUACCAGGAGACCGGUCUCGCAGCCGACGUCGCAUGCAUCUACAACCACACCUCACAGUUCACCAUCGACCAAGUCGGCAACAACCUGUACGCCCUGAUGGGCCCCCUUCCAGACAGCAACCUCAGCGCCCCAGAGUACUCCGUCUACAUCGGCCGCGGAGACCGCACCAUCGUCGGCAUCGGCGUCUCAAGCCAGCCCACAGCAUACACAGCGAAACGGUACCUCGCCAUCGCCGCGGGGGAUUACUACACCCCACUGAACGCAACGCAAUGCACCGUGACGUACACCCCAACACGCUUCAACGUCUCCGUCGACAUCCCUUCGCGGAACAUCACCGUCGCAAGGCUGGACGCUGCCGCCGCCGCAUCAAUCGAUCCAACGCACCGCAUCGCCCACGUCGUCACCCGCCAACUGGAACUCAUCUCAAACGACCUCACAAGCUUCUAUAGAUCAACGCUGGGUGAUGCGCUGAACGCCAGUAUCAGCGACUACCGCACCGCCGUAGCAAGUACAAAUACCUCUCUGUCAGAAGAGCAGAUCACGCUCACCGGACUGGAAAACGCCAUCGUCUCAUUCGUGGACGAUAUGCUCGUCGCGUAUGCGUCGGCGCAGCUGGUAGUUGGCGGGUUUGCGAGCCCGGCCAGCGCGGCGGUGCAUGUCUCUGCGCUGCGGCUCGGGUCGAGGGUGUACAUUGUUGCCACGGCGGUGAUUACGGGGGUUAUUGUGCUGCUGGUGAUUGCCGAGACGGUCCGGACGAAAGGGUGGAGGGGGCUUCCUGCGUUUGAUUAUCUGGAUAACCGGAUGUUGGUGCUGGGGGCGAGUGCUGGGGGAGGUGAGAUUGCCCAGUAUGCGGCGGAGCGGCGGUGGAAGUCUACGGGGAGGAUCCCAGUUGUGUUGAGGAAGGAGGGGGAUCAUCAGGUCAUUGCGUUGGGAGUGGAGAAAGGUAGUGAUAGGCAGCAAUCUGAGAGCACGUUGGUUGAGGAGACUGUGCCGUCGACGACUAUCAUGGAGACGAGGCGGGAGGGGAAUAGGAGGAUGGCAAACAUCAUAAACGACACACUCUACCUCAUCAAUCUCGAUGGAGGCCUUCUCCCAGGCGACGGGAACAGCACACACAACUACCUCGUCGACCUCGACCUCACGCAGCCUUUCUCCAUCAACAACGGCUCAAAUUACCACCUAAGCCUCAUCGACCCUACCGUCCCACAGCUAAAAGGCCAAACGCUCUGGUCUAACGCCGCCAACACGGCACUAUACUCGUACGGGGGGCACGGACUAGGGAAUACCUCCCUUGACGAGGGGAUCUGGACGUACGACCUCGCGGAUGAGAAGUGGGCGGUGCAGAAAACGAGUAUCAAGCCUGUGCGGCUGUAUUCUGGCGUGUCGAGCAAUGUGCCCCGGUUGCAGAGUUCGUUCUGGGUGGGUGGGUUUCAGGAUCGGGAUACCACGCCUGCGAUCACGGACGGAAGCAGGGUGUAUGCGGAUGGGAUGAUCGCGUUUAAUACGACGAGUGGCGAGUUCCGGCAGCUAUCGGCGCCGUUUACGCCUGUGCAGAACGGAGCGUUGGUGUAUGUUCCUGUUGGGGACGGGGUGUUGGUGUAUAUGGGUGGGGAGGUGCCGUCGGUUGCGGAUGGGGUGAAUGCCACUAUGGUUCCUAACUCGUGGAAAUAUGUGUUUGUGUAUGACAUCGCGGAGGACAGAUGGUAUAAUCAGACGACCACCGGGACAGUCGCGGCGAGGACCGAGUUCUGCGCUGUGGUGCAGCAUGAUCCGUCCUCGUCCUCGUCGACGUACGAGGUCUAUGUCCUUGGAGGCGCGGACUACGCGUCGAAAGAGGUUUUGAGCGAUGUAUCCUACCUUUCCAUUCCGUCAUUCCACUGGUACAAAGCUGCGGACCUCGAGCAGCAACGUAUGACGCUUGUCUGUGAAGCGUAUGGCCCACAGGUGUUUGGGAUUGGGGGACGGAUCAACUGGGCUGAUGAUCAGGAUGCUGGCUGUUAUUCCAUGCCUGCUUUUAUUUAUGAUAUGAGUAGUGGAAAGUCAAGGGCCAAGUUCGAUCCCGCUCUGACGAGCUAUUCUCAGCCCUCGACUGUUGCUGAACGGACGAAAGUCUCGCCAUAUCCGGCUACCUGGGCAGAUUCGUCAUUGAGAGAACUACUUGUGCCGACAGGGACCUCAUCUACAACCGCCAGUACUACAGAGACGAAGCACGGCCAUGGUACACCUGUUGAUGCGCUUGGUAAGCUGCCUCAGGAAUGGUGGUUAAAAUGGGAACCCCGGAUGAGAUGGUUCAACGAGGCUGGCACACGGCACAGCGGUGCCAAUCCAAGGACCUGGGAGCAACGAUUCAGCGACUCGGUGCAGGAGCCAAGGCGGGAGGCCAAGAUACAAGAGGUGGGAGAGGAGGAGAAAGUCUCCUUGCUGGCCAUGUUGACAGCUAUGCUUGCGUUUCGGCCCGAAGAGAGGCAAACUGCGACGGAGGUUAUGGAGUGUGGAUGGAUGCAAAGAGGGGCUCUUCCUGAGCUUGUGCAGUGCAAAUAA